CUUUUCUAUGUGCUUUCAUUUUAUGACUUUUGACUUGUUGCUUAUUCUUGUUAUAAACAGUUGUAAAAACGAAAUCAAUGUAAUAUGUAAAUAGCUAUAACUAUUUAGUUGUGUAUAAUCUAAAAUGCACCAUAAAUGCACUAAAUUCUAGUUUUGAGAUAAUUCUGUGUGCAGUAAAAUGGAUAAUUAUUUGGACCCCGACUAUGAAUUUGCAUGUGUUACUGCUGAAAGAAAAAAAAUACGUCUAGAAAAGGAUCAAAAUGAAGCUUUGCAAAAGGCUCAGGGGCUGUUAAGUCAACAAUUUGAAAUUGAAUUAAAAGAAAGACAGAGCCAGUUGGAAUUAAUUCAAGAUAGAAUUAGUAGAGCUCAAAAAACCUUACAUUUACUACGCUAUGCAUUGAUUACUUCUUAUUACAAUAGAAAAGAUCUAGAAGUAACAUUUUCAGAUACUUAUAAUGAAGGUGAAAAUUUAUCUGUCGAUUAUCAAAAAAGAAUUCAUCCUGCCCUCAAAAAAUUAAUAGGAAAGGAUGAUUCCAAUCUCGCAUAUAUUUACAGUUCUGGUUUGAGAAGUAGACUAAAAACGAAACAACAUUUAUUAGACAAUUCAAGUACUACUCAAGAAACAAUUGAUAAUAAUCACUGUGCUUCAGUACAAGAACAAAAUGAAUUGCAAUACGAGUAUCUUCCUAAAGAAAAUGAAAUUGGAAAGUCAGUUGAUAAUGUUCGUAAUAGACGCAAGCAAAAAUACAGAAUUCUUAUUGGAAACAUUUCAAAAUGGAUGCCUUCUGAUGGUUCCACUCAUAAAUGGAUGGUUUAUGUAAGGGGACCAAAAGAAAGCCCUAAUAUUUCCAGUAUUGUUCAGAAAGUAAUUUUUCAUCUUCAUCCUUCUUACAAACCUAAUGAUGUAGUAGAGCUAAAAUCUGCUCCUUUCCACUUGUCUAGAAGAGGAUGGGGUGAAUUUCCCCUACGAGUAAAAAUUUAUUUUCACUCUUCAUUAAACAAACCUGUGGAUGUGAUACAUAACUUGAAACUGGAUCGGACAUAUUCUGGCCAGCAAACAUUAGGAAAUGAGACAGUUGUGGAUAUUUUUCUUUAUGAAAAUCAUAAUCAAAAUGAGCAUGAAGGUUUAAAUAAUAUUAAUACAAGCAAAGAAGAUUUUCAACAUGAAGAUCAAUAUGUACAUUAUUGUCAAAGUGAUGAAGCGUAUUUAGUUUAUGAUGAGGUAAAGAAUAAGGAAUUUCUGACAAAUGAAGUUACUGAAAAUGAAUAUAUCAUUAAAACCGAAGAAUUUGAUAAAAGUAUAGAAAAUAGAGAUGAAGCUUACUGUGAACAUAACUAUUGCUAUAAAGAUGAUUUAAUUAAAGAAUGCUCUACUGAAGAAACAUUAGAUCAAAGGGAAUAUGAUACAUCUAGCUUCAUUAUUGAUCAUGAUUAUUGUCUUCCACAUUCACAGAAAGAAACAUUUAUAAAAGAUAAUUCUAUGUUUAAAAUCGAAAAAGUAUGGAGUUGCAAUGCUGGAAUUGAAGAAACGGCUAUGUUGCAGAGUGGAAACGUCAAAUUUUUAAAUAGUGCUGAAAGGAGUGAUAGUAAAAAUUAUGAAGUGCAAACAAGCCAUCAAUAUUUUAGCCAAGAGGGAUGGGAUGUGUUAUGCUCAACAAAUAUUGAAGUAGAUAAUAAACUCAUUUCAAUGCAUAAAUCAGAUAGCUUUAAAUUCGAAAUUUUGUUACCAGUUCAUCAUUUUAAAACAAUUAUUGAAAUUUUGCCUUUCCUUUUUAAAAAGCUACCUUUAGUAACAGAAUUGGCCUUUAAUCCCAAAUAUAAAACCGUUCAUCCAUAUGCAGCAUCAUCAUUACACGAAUAUUUAUCGUGGAUAAGUGAAAGACGACUUAGUGCAGAGUGGUUCAGAGCAAAGUUGGUAAAGGAAUUUAUAAUGUUGACGAAAUUAAGUAACUGUGAAGAAUGGAAUACAAAAUCAAUCAUUAUGUUUGGGAGAGCAUACGGUUUUACUCCAUUAGAUAAUUAUGGAAUCUUUAAAAAAACGAAAUAUAAUGAUUAUUAUCGAUUGAUGAUUGAACAUCCUCAAAUAAUUAAACCAUUUCAAUUAAGAAGCAUUGAUUGUGAACUUAAUAUUGACGAAGAAAAGGAAGAAAAGGAAUUAGUUUUACUAAUUGAAGAAAAAACCUGGGAUGAUGCAAUACGAGUUGCAAAUAUAGAAUUAAAUAAAGUAAUGAAUUGGCUUUGCCAUAACCAUUUUUCUUUGAACACUAGAAAACCAGUUUAUAUCACGUUUGGUAGUUAUAGUAAUAGUUUACCAUCAACAUCCAGUAUAACGAUUCAUGAAUUCUUUUGUAAUGUUGACGACCAAUGUAACUGUGAACAAAUAGAAAGGGUAAACUGUACCAAAUAUUUGGGAAUAAUGGUAGAUUCUAAUUUGAGAUGGAAUGAACAUGUCUCUAACAUUACAAAGAAAACAAGAUACAUUAUUUACCUAUUUUAUAAACUAAGAAGUAUACUUUCAAGUAAACAGUUGAUGACUUUAUACUAUAGCAUUUUCUAGUUAAUCGUAACUUAUUCACUAAUUAUCAGUCACUUCAAGUCAAAUUUAUAAAAAUAAAAUAAAAACCUGCUAGACAACAGUUCUUACAAACGCCAAAGAUAAAUAAAGAAAUUGAUAGAAGGAAUAACAGAUACGUCAGUGUGAAAACAUUUAAUUACACUUCCAGAAAACUUAAAAGAAAAGAAAAUUGAGAGAUCAAGAGCUAUCAGAAAAUGGAUUAUUACUUUAAAUAGUAAUGAAAUAAAUUUAUUAUUUCACCACAUCUUUUGAUUUGUGAUAAUGUAUGUAUGUAUGUAUGUAUAAUCUACGCAAUAAUAGUUUCUUUUUUAUAAGCAUGUGUAUGGAGAGAAAGUGAGAAAAUAGUUUUAAUGAUGAAUUAUAUGUACAGGGUCGCGCACAGGCAUUACUGCCUUUAGCGAAGAUAUUGCGAAAGAUGAAUGUUAGAUUUUAAGUGUCUAUACUCUCAUGACAGAGAUAAAAGUCUGCAAUGUAAAUUGCGAAGAAAUCCGUCCAAAAUAUUUGUAAGCAAUAUCUGUAAUUUUACUUACACCUGAAUAAAUAAUAAUAA